AUGGGUGAUUAUCCAGAAGCACUCUCUUAUUAUGAAAAAGCUCUUGCAAUCCAACAACAAUCACUUUCUUCCAAUCAUCCUCAUUUAGCUAUGUCCUACGACAACAUCGGUAAUGUAUAUGACAUCAAGGGUGCUUAUCCAAACGCACUUUCUUAUUAUAAAAAAGCCCUUGCAAUUCGACAACAAUCACUUCCUUCCGAUCAUCCUAGUUUGGCUUUGUCCUAUAACAACAUCGGUACUGUGCAUCACGGCAUGGGUGAUUAUUCAAAAGCACUUCAUUAUCUUGAAAAAGCUCUCGCAAUUCAGCAACAAUCACUUCGUUCUAAUCACCCAGACCUGGGUACUUCCUACAAUAACAUGGGUACUACGUAUAAAAGUAAGAGUGAAUAUCCAAAAGCACUUUCUUAUUAUAACAAAGCCCUUGCAAUCCAGCAACAAUCACUUCCUUCCAAUCAUCCUAGUUUGGCUAUAUCCUAUAAGAACAUUGGUACUGUGCAUCACAGCAUGGGAGAUUAUUCAAAAGCACUUGCAUCUCAAGAAAAAGCUCUUGCAAUUAAACAAACAUCGUUUCCUUCCAAUCAUUCUGAUUCAAAUGCUUCCUAUGACAUAAUCGGUUCGAUGUAUUACAGCAUGAGUGAUUAUCCAAAAGCACUUCCUUAUUACGAAAAAACCCUUGCAAUCCAACAACAAUCACUUUCUUCCAAUCAUCCUCAUUUAGCUAUGUCCUACGACAACAUCGGUAAUGUAUAUAACAGCAAGGGUGCUUAUCCAAAAGCACUUUCUUAUUAUGAAAAAGCCCUUGCAAUUCGACAACAAUCACUUCCUUCUCAUCAUCCUCAUUUAGCUAUGUCCUACGACAACAUCGGUACAGUGAAUCAAAGCAUGCGUGAUUUUCCACAAGCACUUCGUUAUCUUGAGAAAGCUCUUGUAGUUCGACAACAAUCACUUCCUUUCAAUCGUCUUGGUUUGGCUGUUUCCUUUAAUAACAUCGGAACUGUGUAUAGCGACAUGCGCGAUUUUUCAAAAGCACUUCAUUAUCUUGAGAAAGCUCUCGCAGUUCGACAACAAUCACUUUCUUCUGAUCAUCUUCAUUUAGGUACUUCCUAUUACCGCAUCGGUCAGGUGUAUGGUAAUAUGGGCAACUAUUCAGAAGCCCAAUCAUUUUAUGAACGCGCUGUACACAUUGGACAACAAUCAUUACCAAAAAAUCAUCCUACUCUUCAACUGUAUGAAGAAAAACUCCAAAUCGUAAGAACGGCAUUAAGACUUCGCUCUGUAUUUUUUUAA